GAUAAGGAGGACUAUGACGAGGGGACGCCAUUAAUCAGAGUGUCCCCGGGACGGGCUUCAGUGUGGAAGGCAGCACUUAACAUAAUCAAUUUCAUCGAAGGAGUUGGAUUUUUGGCACUGCCUUUUGCUGUUGCCAAAGGAGGAAUAGCUGCUAUUGCAGCCUUUCUUUUUAUGCCUGUCAUCUAUUGGUUUACAGCUCUGGUUCUUGUUGACUGUCUUUAUUAUACAGAUGGGCCUCGUGGCAAAACGCGCGUGCGCUCUUCCUGGCGUGAAAUCGGACAAGACAUGUGGCCUCGAUUUGGUGGCAUUGUGGUAACCGCUGUACAGUGUUUUGAUUUGACCAUCAUAGCAACGUCGUAUCUUAUCGUGUGUGGUUCUCUGAUGGCAACAGCCUUCCCGUCCCUACCCCUCACAGAAACACUGUGGACAUGCAUUGCAGCGAUAGUGGUUCUCCCAACUACUUUUCUGAAGUCAUUAUCGCAGAUCGCCUGGUUGAGCGUUAUUGGUGUUGUGGCUUUAGCUAGCACAGCGUUGAUGAUCCUGUGGUAUGGUGCAUCUCAUUCUUCCGAGUGGGACGUCAAAGCUCUUUUGUUUUGGGACACAGAAGGCUUCCUCAUUUCCCUGGGGAUCAUCAUGUUUAGCUAUGGUUCAGCCCCUAUUGUCCCUUCUGUUGAGGAAAGCAUGGCCGACAAGUCCAAGUUUGGAAGAGCCUUGGCGUUUGCUUACAUCGUAGCGGUGGUCUUCAAAUUACCUUUUUCGAUAUUUGGUUUUCUUUCGUUUUCUUUCACGACAGAUGAAAUUGUGAUCAACAAUCUGCCGAACAAUGUCCCAAAAAUUAUCGUCAGCGUGGUGUUUGUUUUAAGUUGUUUGGUUUCUUUUGCGUUGCCCCUUCACGCAGUUUUCCAGUAUAUUGAAGGAUCUUCCUUUUAUCUAAGUCUCCAAUCAAAAGUCAGACUGCCACGAUUUGUUUAUUUUUCCUCGAUUCGUCUGGUCCUUGUGUCCCUCACUCUCUUCGCAGCAGUCUUUGUUCCACACUUUGGUUAUUUAACGUCGUUUUUCGGCAAUCUAUCCCUUCCAUUAUUCAACUGCAUUUUGCCUUGUAUUGCUCAUUUAAUUCUGAGGGGGAAAGACCUCAACAUGCGUCAGAUUGCUUUGGACUACGCUAUGAUCGUGUUUGGGUUGAUUGUAGCAGUUUAUGGGACCUACAUCUCCAGUAAAGCUUUAUAUGAAGUGCUCCUUCAAAAGUGA